ACGAUCAAAGACUAUGAACGCAAAGGUUUACGACUUCGAGUUCAGCACUGAACUGCGGCAAGUUGAAGACGUUAUUCUAAGUGUAUUCCAUACUGUCCUUUUUUACAGAACGUCAGGCAAAGUCCAAUUUCGCCAAGAAGGUUCCUAUUCGGUCGGAACGGUGGGAUAUGAAGAUGUUGAUUGUGAAACAGUGGACUUUACAUAUGUACGUUGUAUGUGCCCACAACUUGAAGAGAAAAUGCGAAGAGAUGUGAGAGAUUUCGUUGAGGCGUUUGGUAGAGAAGUGAGAAGCGGGAGAGUAUCCCUACAGUUCUAUGAAAAACGUAAGUCUCGAUGGCCGUUUGGAGAAGACGCCGCCAUUUGGGAAAUGUGGAGAAUAAAGGUAGAUGUUGUGCGUGCUGCCAAUGAAAAGGAAAGACAAGAAAACAGUGAGAGACUAUCAGAGAAACUGGCGGAGACAGUAGCGAGCGUGGCCGCAGCUGUCAGUCGAGCUGACUACACUCCACGAGUUCCAAACGAACGUGAUGUGGGAAACGUGUUUGAAACAAGGUACAGAGAAGUCGAGCCUUACCUUCACAGACUUGUACAGCAGGUCGGUGGUGAGGAGGCCUCGACUAUGUCAGGAGUGACCGGAGUCUUCAAGAAGAUAUUUAGAGAAGCGCUGACUUACUAAGCGUUUUAGAAUUAAUUCUAUCAUGUCCAGACAGUGGGAAAGAAUGUAUGUCCAUAUGUACCUGUAUACCUAUAUGUAUGUAGUGAUUUAUUUCAGAUA